AUGAAAAAUAUGGAGCAGCAGGAUCUAUUAUUGACCACACAAUCUUCAAACUCGGUAAGAGAAUACACAGACCCGAUCCCAUCUGAUAUCCUUAUAGAUAUAUUCUCUCGAGUCCCUGCAAAGUCAAUAGCUAGGUUUCGUUGCGUAUCUAAGUUAUGGAGAUCCAUACCUAGCCUUCCUGGUUUCAUUGAGCUGUUCCACACCAAGUCUUUAGCUCGUACACGUCUCUUGUUUGCCGUCAAAGUUGAUAAAGAGUUAUUCUUAUUCUCUUCACCUCAACCUCAUAAUCCAGUACUUGAGAGCUCCACUCUUGUAGACACCCGUUAUAAUAAGUGUUUUCCCAAUUACAUUCCAUCUGACAUCAGACUAUCUCUCGGUGGAUUGGUCUCUCUUCGUGAAUGGGAAAGCGAGGUGUGGGUGAUCUAUAACCCUCUCACGGGAGAGAGAGAGUCCAUAGCCUUACCCGAAGUGGAAUCUACAGGUGAGAUAUGCAUAAACGGUGUUUUGUAUCACGGAGCUUACGUUGAAGGAUCUUGCAUGAUAGUUUGCUUUGACUUUAGCUCUGAGAAGUUCAUGAGUAUCAAGUUGCAUGGAGAAAUUAUUCAUGGGAUUUUGAUCAACUACAAAGGUAACUUAGGGGUAUUAGUAAGAGAUGAUCAUCAAAUUGUGUUGUGGGUUUUAGAAGAUGCUGGAAACCAUAUAUGGUGCAAAACAAUAAGCGUACCGUUAAGCUUAUACGACGACAUCAGGAACUAUCUUCACUUUGUUGGAAUGACCGGUGCUGGUGAAAUUGUGUUAUCGCCGCACCGUGCUACAAACCCUUUCUACAUUGUCUACUACAAUAUCGAGAGGAACACUUUUACAAGAGUCUAUAUUCAAGGAUAUGAAGAGCUUAAUAAGGAUCCAAUUUCCACUCCUCGCAUCUUUCUAGACUAUGUUGAGAAUAUGAAGCUUUUGUAA